CUUCACUGUGGAAGCUUGAUUGCUUCUGUUGUGUAGUGUUAUCGACUGAUUUUAUACUUUUAACUUAUGUUGUUCAUUAUCAACUUAAAAUGCUGGGCAAGAACUGGUUAGAAGGACUGCUUGAAGUGGAUUCAUACUGAAGAUGGAGGUGGAAGUGAACAAAUGGGAAAUCAUUUAUGUUCCGGACACCCCACCUUGUCUGAUAAACCAACAACCCACCGUUGAUGUGUUCGCUUCAUUGAUAGAGCCAAAGCUUGCCAAUACUCUUGUGAGGCGGUUGAAUCAAAUUGCACCAUUGGAGAAUCUUCGCCAUGUGAAGCGGAUAAGGAAGAAUUGCAUUGAAGGAGGAAAACCUCAGUUAUCUGUUAUCUUAUGUCUUGCACUUGAAAGUGAGAAUCAGUCUGGAACCAUUCCAAAUGACAUACUUGAGCUAAUAAACGCCUAUCAGUUGAGUCCUUUCAUUACAAAAGUGGGUCAUCCUUCUGCAUUAUUUCUUUUUAGGUGAAUUUUUGGCUGUUACUAUAUUGUGAACUUUUUGGUAGUAUAUGUGAUUUUUAAUAUGUAUAGCUGAAAUGAGAAUGUUGAGAGGUAUGUGCAGGAAUACUAGGAUAGAUAGGGUAAGGAAUGAGAAUAUUAGAUAUGAAGUGAGGGUUGCACCAAUCCAUGACAAACUCUGCGAGAGCCGUUUGAGGUGGCAUGGUCAUGUCCAAUGGAGACCAAUGGAGGCCCCAGUACGGAAGAGUGACCAGAUUCAUUGGGAAAGCACUAGAAGAAGUAAGGGCAGACCUAAGAUGACUAUUAACAAGGUGGUACGAAAAGAUAUGCAAAUUGUAGGGCUCGAUCCUAGUAUGACUUCGGAUUGAGUUUUGUGGAGGACAAGAACCCGUGUUGCUGACCCCCUAUAAGGGAUGUUUCCAUGAUGUGUCUCUAUAUUCUACGAUACCCUCUAAACUUUUUUCUCCUUUUAACUUAUCUUUUAUGCUUCAUUACUUUCUAUUACUUUACUCCAUUGGAUCCAUGUAGCCGUGAUGCAGUUGCACGAUGGACUUAGGAAAGAAAUAUCUUUUGAUUUGAUUUUCUAUUAUUUUAGAAUUAAUUUAUUUUUAAAUUAGCUAGCUUCUAAUUUUAGAAUAGUUUCCAUUAAUUGUUUGAUUUUUCCUUUAUAUUAGUCAUAUAAUAGAGAAGAACUCAGUUUUGAGAUUUUGAAGUUAUUUUUAAAGAAUUGAAAGUUGGAAUGAAUGCCAUGGCUACCGUGAAGCUUGCAUCUCCCCCUUCCCAUCUCUGAACUUCUCUUCUUCUCCCUCUCUUGUCUCCUUCAACUUAAGUUUGAUAAGUUUAUGGAAGAGAUGAUUGCCUUUAUGAAGAGGUCCGACAAGCGAGCUGAAGAAGGAUCUUCUACAUUACCUCCCCAGCUCAACACUUUUCGGAUCGAAGAUACACCUCAGAGGCAGCAACUUGAUCCAGUUGUUCCCCAGGAUGUUACCCGACAAUUUUCUGACAGAGAUUAUGGCAUCAAA